CUUGUUCAGGAAUCGUAUGCGUACAAAGACCCCAUCACCGAAUUCGUCGAGCAUUUGUACGUGAAUUUUGACUUUGAAGGAGCCCGUCAAAAGUUACACGAAUGCGACGAGGUCAUUAACAGUGACUUCUUCCUUGUCGCCUGCCUUGAAGAAUUUGUCGAAAACGCCAGACUCAUGAUCUUCGAGACGUUCUGUAGAAUUCACCAGUGCAUCAGUAUAGGGAUGCUCGCUGAAAAGCUGAACAUGAAGCCAGAUGCGGCUGAGUGCUGGAUAGUGAACCUGAUCCGGCAGGCGAGACUGGAUGCCAAGAUCGACUCGAAGCUAGGCUACGUGGUGAUGGGCACCCCUCCCCUCUCGCCCUAUGAGCAACUCAUCGAGAAAAUCGAUACCCUCUCAAUGCGAUCGGACACACUGCAGGCUCUCAUUGAGCGCAAGGUGAAGGAGCAUAGACAAGAAUCGUUUAUGUACGGCUGAUAGCAUUCAAUCAAUCAAUCACUAUCAGAUUUUCUAUUGAAUUUUUCGAACCAAUAAAAUAAUAUGCUACAGAAUUA